UGCGUCAUCCGCUCCCUGCCCCGCCCAGGAGGACCGUCUGGCCGAGGGGAGGAGGGAGCCUCGCGCGGGCUGUUCAUGGAAGAGAUGUCUGGAGAGACAGUGGUGAGCACCGCCGUGCCAGCAGCCACGACCCGCACCACGUCCUUCAAAAGCGGCAGCCCCAGCUCCAAGUAUGUGAAGCUGAACAUCGGCGGGGCCUUGUACUACACCACCAUGCAGACGCUGACCAAGCAGGACACCAUGCUGAAGGCCAUGUUCAGUGGCCGCAUGGAGGUCCUCACCGACAGCGAAGGCUGGAUUUUGAUAGACAGGUGUGGCAAGCAUUUUGGAACCAUUUUAAACUACCUGCGCGAUGGCGCCGUGCCCCUCCCGGAGAGCCGGCGGGAGAUUGAGGAGCUGCUGGCCGAGGCCAAGUACUACCUGGUUCAAGGCUUGGUGGACGAGGGCCAGGCUGCCCUUCAGAACAAAGAUGUCUACGAGCCUUUUUGCAAAGUGCCCAUCAUCACAUCCUCCAAGGAGGAGCAGAAGCUCAUAGCCACGUCCAACAAGCCGGCGGUUAAAUUGCUCUACAACCGAAGUAACAACAAAUAUUCCUACACCAGCAAUUCGGAUGACAACAUGCUGAAGAACAUCGAGCUGUUUGACAAACUCUCCCUGCGCUUCAACGGGAGGGUCCUCUUCAUCAAAGACGUCCUGGGGGACGAGAUUUGCUGCUGGUCGUUUUACGGGCAGGGACGGAAGAUCGCGGAAGUGUGCUGCACCUCGAUUGUGUACGCCACCGAGAAGAAGCAGACCAAAGUUGAAUUCCCGGAAGCCCGGAUCUACGAGGAAACCUUGAACAUCCUCCUCUACGAGGCCCAGGACGGCCGGGGUCCCGACAAUGCGCUGCUGGAGGCCACCGGCGGGGCGGCCGGGCGCUCCCACCACCUGGAGGAGGACGAGGAGCGCGAGCGCAUCGAGAGGGUCCGCCGGAUCCACAUCAAGCGCCCCGACGACCGCACUCACAUGCACCAGUGAGGGGCCACGGCGGGCCAGCCCCCCCUCCCUCUGACUCAGCCGGCCCUCGGCUUGCUGCCUGGACUCUCCCUUUUCUACCCAGAGUAUUUUUGGUAUAAUUCAACGAUGCAGCGUGUGGCGCCCCAAUGGAUUGUCCCCCCGCGAAGGAGUUGGGGGUGCAGGUCCCGGGCUUUGCAGCACUUCCAAAUUCAGCCUGUUUCGGGUAGGACCACGCAGCCUCUCGUUCGAGCGGGCUCCUCCAGGGGAGGUUUCCGGCUGAGCCUCCAGUCCCAGGGAGAAAAGCUGUGGCUGAAUCCCCUGGCCGCCCAAGGAGGGGUGGGGGUGGGAAGGGGGCCUGCCAACGUCUCCUGUUGCAGGAGGACAAAGAGUAUUAGGGCCCGUUUCCUUCACUUCCCCCGCCCCAAAGGAUGCUGGUUCCCAUCUUGCCUUUAGUAGAUGCUGCAAAGUGCCCCCGUGGCCUUCUUUCUCGUGGCCCCCUCCCCAUUCACUAGCCCCUCCAUCUUCUUAUCCAAGACCAAAGGCUUCGCCUUCCCAGCAAUGGCCUUCUUGCCGUGUCCAUGUGUGAUUCGGUCUCCUUCAUUCAGAGGCCGAUAUUUCCUCACCCCGGCUGCCCCCCUCUAAAUUAGAAACCAUUUUGCAGGUGGGUGGAAGGAAAGUCCUGAUGAGUGAGACCCCCUAGGCCUCGUCUCUUGGCCCCCCUGGAGUCCGUCCAGAAGAGGCACGAAAGCACCUUGGAUUGCAAAAGGGUCCCGAAAAGGGGGAACAGGGGCCCUUUUCUGCCUGGGGCUUCCAUACUGUGUGCCAUCACCCCCCCCACGAAGCCCCCAUGUAGGUGAGAAGGCGCCUGGCUGGCAGGAAUCUAGAGUCAAUCUUGCGCCAGGCGGGAUGAGAAGCCCUUUGUCCCUUCAUUCUUCUGUCCAUUUCUGUUGCAUCUCUCCAAUCCUUUUAUUAUUUCACAGCGGAAAUCUUAUUUGUCAUUUGGAGUUUAAGUAGCAGGAAAUCCAAAGAUUAAGUUUGGACGGGACUCAGAUUAAGUUCGGCUGAGUUGAGAGGUUGUGCGAAGUGUUCCAAGGCUGCAGACCAAAGUCCAGAGUUGGCUUAUUCCAUUUAAGAAAAAUAGAUUGCAAGUUUUAUUUUGUGCGUUUCAAAAGUUUAGGGAGGUAAACCAGAAUAGCCAAAAAGCAACUGUCGAAAGAUGCCGAAAACCACAACGGUUGUGUUAGCCGUCCAAUGGGUCCUUGGCUGCCUACUAACAUCCCCCCCUCCCCCCACCCCGCCCAGGAGAUAUUUAUUUCCCAGAGCUGAAUGCGCUGCUGAGCUUCUUCCUGAGCGGCUGAAUUGGGAAGCGUCUUUGUGGCUGUUUCUGCUGAGAACCUGGCGAAGGCGGCCCAGAGGAAGGGGUGGGGUGCCCUGUGCUUCCUCUCUCUCUGGCUGCUUCUUGGGGCGGGGUGGGGUGGGGGCUCUCGAUCCAGGCUGGCAGAGAGGACAAUCAGUUCCAGGAAAAGGGACAGCCGUGCUGCUGAGCCCGAAUCGCUCAAGGGGACCAGGGAGGAAAUGUUUCUGGGGUGGGAUAACCAGCACCCCAACCCAAGAAAGAAGACCGGCUGCAAAUGUCUCUUUAGCCUGCCGGUGAGGCAUCUGCAUUAGAUCCAAUUUUGACCAGUCCCCUCCCCUCCCUCCCCCCAAGCGUGUUCCACCACAAAACCGCAGUAGACAAAAGCGCGGUCGACG